AUGACUCCUCCACUAACACCGAUAAUACUAGACAAACAAGCUAUUAGUGGGAUAACUGGCUCCAUAUCCUUGGCAUGCUGGAUUAUUGUAUUCGCUCCCCAGAUUUAUGAAAAUUUCACCAGGAAAUCAUCAGAAGGUUUAUCAUUAACGUUUAUUAUUUUAUGGCUAGCUGGAGAUGUGUUUAAUGUGCUAGGAGCAGUAAUGCAAGGUCUACUACCAACGAUGAUUAUCUUAGCAGUAUACUACACUUUAGCCGAUAUCGUUCUUCUUUGGCAAUGUUUAGUUUAUGGCAACGGUGAAGGUAACAAUAGAGAAAAAGUUAACCCCGAUUUCACUCAUUUGUCACCAGCAACUCCCAUAAAUGAAGAUGUUUUGGAAAGUGCGUACUCAAAUAUUCAAAGUUCACAGAGAGAUGAAGAAGCAAGUAUACGAUCAGGGGCAAGGACAUCCACAUCCAAAUUACAAACUGCAUUAGUCAAUACUUUGAUGGUUUCGUUGGUCAUUGUUUCAGGAAUAGUAGGGUGGUACAUUUCCUACGUCAAAGAUUCGCAUCGCAAACAUUCAGGCGACGACCAUCGCCCUGAAGAUCUCGUUUUUGACCCGUUGGCACAAACCUUUGGCUGGUUAUGCGCUGCAUUAUACUUGGGAUCCAGGGUUCCACAAAUUGUAUUAAACUACGAACGUAAGUCAUGUGAAGGUAUUUCGUUUAUGUUUUUCUUGUUUGCAUGUUUGGGUAAUCUAACCUAUGUCAUUUCCAUAUUAUCAAUCGAUACUAGUUGGAAUUAUUUAUGGGUGAAUUGCUCCUGGUUAGCUGGCUCUUUGGGUACUUUGGCCUUAGACUUUACUAUAUUCGUCCAGUUCUUUUUAUAUAAUGGAAGUGAAGACGAAAUCUGUGAUAGUGAAAGUGAGUAUACUUCAUCUUCGGCAGAUGAACGCUUGCUUGCUAGUAGUGGGCAUACGUAUGGAACUACUGGUGUCUAA